AUAGAUACUAAUGCAGGUAGACACAUAAUUACCUGUUUUCAUGGUUUGUUUAGGCGGUUGGCGGUGUAGGACUCACACUGAAAUUCUGAACAAUUAUGCUGGUUACAGCUUGAAAAGUGAAAAAGACAUGGAAUAAAGUUAUUGGAGCAAAGUGAAAUCUUCGAUUCAAAAAUGAGAACUCUUUAUCGAACCUGGCUGGUUGUUUUACCUUUGAGUGCGCUUUUGCUGUUUGUCAGCGCGCGCAUCGAAGCUGAUGAUAGAGAGAGCUUCUUUCUUAGAGAUUAUGUUGAUCCAUUUGAAGAAGUGAGGAUGAAAAUGGAAUCCGUCACAGAAGAGAACUGUGGAAUAAAGCAUGUUGGAGAUCUAUAUCUACACAAGGACACCGUCUCCCAUAUUCCCGACAUCAAAGAGAUUAAUAUUAACCCCGUGUUCCCGAAUAGAACUGCUUUACUUCAUUUACACAACAUGGCACUUUCUAGAGCUUUCUUCUUCUCAUUCGCACUUCAGACAAGAUUCAAUAGACCCGGAGUAAAUGAUACGCAUGACCCAGGAUUAAUGUAUUAUUAUCUCUCUACUGUGGCAGAUGUUGCAGCAAAUCCUAAGUUAAAUGCAAGUGCAAUAUACUUCUCUCCUAAUAUGGCGUAUUCUCCUUCUUACAAAGGAUUUUUUAAUCUUACCUUCCCACUUUAUGCUCCAAGAACAUACAGGUAA